UAUCGCUCAGAGUCUGCCCCCCCAUCUAGGUGCACCAGCAGCCUCCGCCCUCUAUGCUUCCCCAUGAAUUGUGGGAACUCAUCAUUGACGAACUGUCCUCCGACCGUCCUGCCCUCCGUGCUUGCGGCCUGACGCAAUGGGCAUGGGUCUUACCAACUCGGCGACACCUCUACCGGGAGUUAUCUCUCUGGCGUGCCUCCGUAUACGGGCAAAAACCUUUCAGGCCCAUCCUCUCCAGGUCCAGAGCGAUUGGCACCGGUAUUGCUGGAUGUGUGCGCGCCGUCUCACUUGUAGGUGUUCACCUCUACCUCGGUGCUACUGCGGAGGACGGCGACAUGGGCAACACGGAUAUACCGGCACUGGAGACAAUACUGUCCGAACUACCCAAUGUCGCUCGCCUACGCCUAAUCGAGGUGGAUUUCAAAGCUAGCCAAGGGUGCUUGCAUCUCAUGACCCAAGUCUUAACCACCCCAUUCAGUCGAUGUUCACCUUACCGCGGCUCGAGAUGUUGUCACUUACGGAGUGCGAACUGAGAUCAGCUCUGGACACACAGUCACUGCUCGUUUCAUU